AUGUCGGUCACACUCCAUACCACCCACGGCGAUCUUAAGGUCGAGCUCUUCUGCGAAGCCGUUCCCCAAACCGCACAAAACUUUCUCGCCCUCUGCGCAACCGGCGCGUACAACAACACCCCCUUCCACCGCUUAAUCCCCGGCUUCAUGAUCCAAGGCGGCGACAUCUCCCUCGGCGACGCAGCAGGCUCCUCCCCUGAAACCUCCGCCCGACCCGUCCUCCCCUUCGAAGUCCCUAAGUCAGGUACCUCGAUCUUCCACCCCUCCGCGCUGAACCAGGAGAUCAGCCUCCCCGCCCUCCGACACCAUACCCGCGGAAUGCUUUCUAUGGCAUCUCGGCCCGUAAAAGACCGGACAGCGCCGGGGUUCCAGGGUGCGACUGGGACGACGAUUAACGGGAGUCAAUUCUUCAUCACACUUGCGCCUGCGCCACAUUUGGACGGGGCAAGUACGGUGUUUGGUAAAGUGUUGAAUCUGACGGCGCAGGAUGAGGGCGGUGAUGUGUUGGCGAGGUUGGAGGGCGCUAAUGUGAAGAUUGACAAAAAAGGGAGGGUUGUGCAGCCGAAGGAGGAACAAGAGGAUGAAAAUGAGGCUCUGCGGAUCAAUAGGGUUACGAUUCAUGCGAAUCCGUUUGCUGGGUGA